AUGGACUGGACUUGGAGGAUCCUGUUUUUGGUGGUCAUAGCUGCAGGUGCCCAGUCCCAGGUACAGCUGGUGCAGUCUGGGGCUGAGGUGAAGAAGCCUUGGGCCUCAGUGAAGGUCUCCUGCAAGGCUUCUGGAUACACCUUCACCAGCUACUGUAUGCACUGGGUGCGCCAGGUCCAUGCACAAGGGCUUGAGUGGAUGGGAUUGGUGUGCCCUAGUGAUGGCAGCACAAGCUAUGCACAGAAGUUCCAGGGCAGAGUCACCAUAAGCAGGGACACAUCCAUGAGCACAGCCUACAUGGAGCUAAGCAGCCUGAGAUCUGAGGACAUGGCCAUGUAUUACUGUGUGAGAGACACAAUGUGA